AUGCCACAGUAUGCCCAGUAUCCUAGAUUCAACUACACGCAGCUCUAUCUUUUGACUGCAGAUAUUGCACGAUGCAUUUUGUAUCUUUCGGUGCAUAUGAGGUUUCUCAUCCUUUUACCUCUCACCGGUGUUAGGUUUCUUCCUGGCGGCAUAGCCGAUUUCUAUCUAGUUGUGAGGGCCAUCUGCGCAGUAGUUGAUUGCUUCGACUAUGUUACGAUAUUUGGGAAAAUACCCAGGGAGAGUCAAGUGGUCCAUCCACAACUAGGCAACCUAAUCUUCACCUUGUUGGAGCACCUUGUAGUGAGUUUAGCUAUAUUAUGCUAUCCGAAAAUUGCAAAAAACAACGCGUUUACCACACUUGUGUACAGUGAGUCGUUAGUGGAAGUCAUUAGAUAUUACUACAACUUUUACAAAGUGAGGACUUUUGAUCGUCGCCACAAAACGCUUCGAUUCUGUAAAAAGCUCAGCUACACGAUCCUUGUGCCAGUACAGGUUUUAGCCGAGAUGUGUCUACUUUUGGACUCCCUUCAAUUUCAAAGUUAUUACGAGGAAUUGGCAGAGUAUGACUUUGGCAUCAAAGUUGGCAUUCGGAUCCUUUUGCUCUUCUAUCUACCUGCGUUCUACACGGUUUACAAGGGUAAGUUGUAUGACUAUUACAUCUUGGCAUGGGUCACUUCGAAAGAGCAUGCCAAAAAAAUUUGA